AUGUCUCUGUCGUCAGAGUCCAAAGACUUGGAACCCUUCGGAGUCAACUAUAGAUUCGAGAACCAUAUACCUGGGUAUUCAGGCUUCAUACCAAAAUUUCAGUUUCACCAUGGGUUGACAUUUGCUUCUGCUACACGUGCGGUGAUGGCAUGCCCGCCAACUCCAGACUUCGAUACUACCGUCACCAUGGACUACAGGGUCGGCCGGCGCAGAGUCAUGACAUCGAGCCCCAUCCUCGGGACAGGGUUCAGCAGCCUCCGGGGCCUGGAUCCUUCAGAUGAGGAUGACAACGUGGGGCCAAGAACCUUCCUGCAGGGAGGACCGGUCAACCUCGCCAGCUACUACGAGGACUUGCAGAGGAAGGUGGACCGGAUGAGGAAGGAGAACCCCAAGUCCAUCACGCAGCGGAAGAAUCCUCUGAGGAACCGGUCGCAGGUCACUGUUGGAGACGGGUACUACUACACGGGGAAGCACAUGUUCACUACCACCUUCAAAGAGUCGUACGAUGAGAAGAUCCAACCGGAGAGCGAGGACGAGAGUCCCAAUCUGACACGCUCGUUCUCAGACCUCAGGCAGUCCAACCUCAGCAGCCCCAAAAGGCUUCAGACUCCCAAUUCUGGUGCCAAUGCCUCCUUCGCCCGGCUACCAAGUACUGGCUCUCAUCAGCUGACCACCGCUAGCAGCAUCCUGCAGCGGUCGGCAAGCACAGGGUCAAGAAGGGCUCCUUCCUCCAAGACUUCAGUGGCGGCGAACAGGAUCCUGGAUCCCACGUCCGAUGAUCCCUUGAUCUACAGGUACAGUGUUGCGCAGGCGAUAGUGGGGAAGAGCAGGGUGGACGACCUCAAUCGACAACUGGCCGAGAGAGUGACCGCAAAGGUCACGAGUGCCCCCAAAGACAUGAUGAAACUUUUCAAUUUCUAUGCCAGGACAGGUGCCGACCUGGGGCAUCCGAUCAUUGGCCACAUGGAGUUUCUGCACAUUGUGCAGACAUUGGGGAUCUACAUAACGUUCCGAGAGGCUCUCGCACUCUUUGGACGGUACGAUGUCGCAUCGUCUGAACUCAACGGACAGUUGGAGUACUUUGAGUUUAUCAACCUUUUCCUUGAGUCUCAUGAGCAGAUUGUCCAGCAUGAUGACAACGAGUGA